GAUGGAGCCCGGGGAAAACGGGAUCGAAAUGGAAGAGAUCGUCAAAAAUGUGGAAUGGGUUUUGGUUGAAGUUCCUGAAAGAAAAUGGAAAAUAUCUAUUUUGGCAUCUUCUGCAGUGCUCCUGAUCAGUUCUGGAAAUCCUCGAGAAGUUUUGAAAUUGAGAAAGAACUGACCCAAAAAAUUGUAAUGAAGUUUUACAGAUAAGUAAACAGUUUGAAAACCUCAGUUAUCAAUUGAAUGGACUGUUUUACUGCGUACGCAUGUGCAUGGUAUUGUCUGAUGUUGUGCGAGUCCAAGAACAUGAUCACCAUAUUUUAAACGAUCUGUUGAUAUUGUGAUUUAACCAGGAGAUGAACUGGGAUGUUACCCUAUUACCAUCAUUAUAAAAAAGCUGCAACAAAAACAGGGAGAAAUUAGUGAAAUAAAGUAUGAAAAAAAUGAAGGUGUUGAAGCACAAGAAAAAAAUGUGGAUAAUCUAGAGGAAAAAGUAAUAGAACUUCAAAAUCAUGAGGAAAAAAAUGAAGCCUAUGAUGUCCAAGAGAAAGAAGAAGAUGGUUUAAAAACUACAAAACUGAAAGAUUCUUGUGUUGUUUCCAGUCCAUUACCAAAGAGAAAACGUGGUCGUCCUCCUAAAAAGAAAACUGGUAGUUCUACUACAACUGCAAAAGUGACCAAAUAUAUAAAAAACAGGGAGGAGAUGAUGCAGAAGAAACAUGAAAGCAUACAGAAUAAUUUGAGAACUGCUUCUGAAACUAAAGUUGAUGAAAAAGUAGAUCUUGAAGAAAUGGAAUCUGAACAGUUUAUUAAUGAUGGACAGUGUGACAUGAAUACUGCAGAUGAAGCUUUGACAGAAAAGAGCAGGUUGCAAAUAUCAGAUCUGGAAAAUAAUCUCCAGCGUCAAAGACUUUCUCGUAGAUGUAAAGAUGAUUCAAGAAUUCACUUCUCCAGUAGUCCAGACAAUAGAAAAUUACCUGCCAAGCAGCAACCUGAAGAAGAUAACACUUUUUUGUCUGAAGAUGAAGAGGACCAAGCUUAUGAUUCUGAUUCUGAUCCAGCUUGGAUGCCAGGAACAAAGGUUAGUGAAAAUUCAAAACCUCAAGGGAAUUUUCCUGGAGAAGAAAAAAGUAAAGAUAAUUUCAAGAAAAGAUGGAGAGGAACAAGAAAAAAGUCAAAAUCUCAAACACCUACAUCACGUCAAGCUAAUUCUGCUCAAAAAAGUAUAAACACUGUUGGUUUGUGUCGAAUUAAGUAUACCGAGAAAAAACAACAAAAUAAAGAAGUCCAAAAAGUGAUUAGAAAAACAAGACCUUGGACCAAAGAGUGCAGGUUUAAGCCAGGUGACUUCACCCUGCAUGUUGAUGAUAAACUUGCUAAACAUCCUCCAAUCUGGAGAAUAGAAGGAAAAACUUUGCUGCAGAGGUUUGAACCCUACAACAGUGAUGGCAAGGUGUUAUAUAAAAACUCAAGCUCUUACACUUCAUGGAACUUAAUUGAUCCGAGUCAGUAUAUUGGAGCAACAGUUCGUCUGGUUUCAAGCACUCGUGACAGUGCUGUUGUUGAGCUUCUAGAAAUUCAAGAAGAAGAGAGAAAAGAUAAUACAUCGAAUGGGGAAUCUGAUUCUGCAGUAAAGAAAGAAACAGAAUCAGAACGGGAAAGUUUUGAAAUUGUUCUGCAGGCCCUUCUCAGUCAAGUACUUGAUUCUAACUUCAUGAAUGAGAUCACUACAGAAAAUGAUGAGUACUUUCUAUCCUGUAUGAAAAGAAUUGAAGAUGUUUCAGCUGAGAAGAUGAAAACGUUACUACAGCAGUAUUCAAGUUCUUUGAAUGAAGAACUCUGUCGCUGUGCUGAGUUAUUUCCUUCUGUCAACACUACGUCUUUGAAAGAAUCAGAGUCUACUCAGUGUCAGGUGUGUAGGAAUGCCGAAGCAGAACAAAUGACUCACUUUUAUGGCCACUUGUAUGACCCAGUCACACUGAGUGAGGACCCUCCUGUGGAAGUAAAAAAACCUUUCAACACCCUCUUUCCAGUGUGUUCACAGUGUUUGGAAGUAAUAACACUCUAUAAUAAACUGUAUCAUCAUAAGUUUAACUUUCUACUCAAAUGUCGUAUUAAAGUCAGUACUGUGCGAGCUGGGGAUGAAAGUAAGGCAUCUAGUGUCAUCUUAGAAGAAUGUUUAGAAGACACUUCGUGGGUUAGCAAGAUGUAUGGUGAAUUGGUGGAAAUGUGGAACAAGUGUGAAAAACAGAGGUGACAAGUGUCAUCUACCAAAAUAUUUUAUAAAUAUACAUCCAAAUAAAAGUAAAGAAAUUGUGAAAAGAUUGUGAGACAUUAAAAUAUCAUGCUUAAACAUGUCCAUAUGUUUGUUUUCUUGUUUUACAUCUUCCUUGUGUCAUGUUUCAGUCCAUCACUAAUCAUGCAAACCAUUCUAAUACACAUACUUUUCUACUUUAUGGUUUCUUUCUCCAUUUCCAUGAUGUUGAGACAAAAAUAUGUGUUAUGUUAGACUAGAAUAGAAUAAAUAAUGUGUAUUGGUGCAUAUACCUUUGAUUUGAUGUAAAAUAAAAUUCAAAAUAUAUUGAAGUUUGAUUAUCAUUUCAUUGAUUUUUGGUGUCAUUUUCUUAUGAUCUAUUAUAUCUCACAUUAGAGAAUUUUUUAGUAUGACAUGAACGAACAUUGCUCUCCAUUAGGCUUAAGAAUUUUUGUGUGUAAUGACAACUGUAUUUCAAUGAAAGUGAAAAUGCUUGAUUCAAAACUUCACUUAUCCUCACUUUUUGUAUUUUUUAUGUAAUCAUAUAGUUUUAAUUAACAUUUUUGUAUUCACAGGUUUAUCAGUGAAAGGAUUUACUUAUUACUUUAUGCUGACUUAUGUAUCUACAUCUUUGUAGUUGUAUGUUGAAUAUUUAAUUUUAGAACUAGUAAUUUUAUUAACUUCUUUGUUUUUUCUUUUGCAAAAGUUUUAAUGUCCAGUUCACAAACUUCUCUUUAUACACUGUCUUUUAAGAAAGAACAUGCAUUUUAUUAGGAUAUUAACAUAAUUUAUAACAUCAAAAUAUUCUACCUACAGUUAAGUCCCCUGCGAGGCAGUUAUAAUUUUAAUCACAUACAGUGUUAAAAUGUGUAGAAUCUAUGGUUCAGUUAACUGUGCACUAAAAUAAAAUAAGACAAAAGUAAUUUAUAUUUAUAAUUUUCAGUGUUAAAUAUUAAUCAUUUAAAUCAAAAAUGUUGAACAUUACUUGACAUUUUCUAGCUCUUUGCAGUAAAUUAAAAGCAGAUGAUGAUCGAAAUAUCAAUAAAGUUUUCAAAGUAAAACUCCUGGUUCCUUUUGUAAUUCUGUAAUAUCCAUAGUUUUAUGUGAUUUUUAACAUUAUAAAGGUGCAUGUGUAUAAACUUGUACCUUUUCUUUAGUAUGUUGAUUAAAACUAAAAAUAAGA